AUGGAAGCCAGCUUUAAUUAACUUGACAUCCUUUUAAGAUUGAUUUAAGAAAGAUCUGAGGAUGUUCGAGUGAUGGCAACAAUAAAUUCAUAUGUGAAUGCUAAUUAAAAAAACAAUGAUGUUGAAUUCAAUUAAAUUUAACAAACCCUUAGGCAAAUGGGAUUUAAAGUGAUAGCUAUGAAAAAACAUGAUAAACCUCGGUAGGAUGAAGAAAACAAAAUUUUAGAGUAUCUUUCAAAAAUAACUACAUUAAAUCUUCCUGAAAGAAUAUAUAUUUAUAAAUUUUGUUAAACAAUAAUAAAAUAAUUCAAACCAGAGAUGCAAAUAGUAAGAUUUAAUUAAAAAGAUAUAAAAGAUCUACUAUUAAUGUUUAAAUAAUAUUUCAUGGCUGAGAAUAAUGCAGAAAUGUUAUAAUAGAUACAAUAACUAAUGAUAGAUUAAGAAUUUAAAGUAAUUUAUUUUAUCCUUAUUGCAGAUGGCUUCAGCUUUAGUCUUAAUAAAAAUUUUAGUAAAUAAAUCUCGAGAAGAUUUUCAUAAUUUAAUCCAAACUACAUCUGCAAUUGUUAUAACCAAAAUAAAAGCCAAGCUAGCUGAGCAAUAACAAUACCAAAAGUAAACAGCUAUUGAAUAGCCAAAAUUAGCUGACCUUUAAGAAUCAGAAUUAAAUGAAAGUCCUAAAACUAAAUUAUGGAUAUAGAGAAAAGGCAGUAAAUAAAGAGAAUAAUCAAACUCUUUAGUUUCUUAAAAGCCUACAAUCAUUAUCAGAUCAGCUUCAAUGAUAGAUAAAUUACUAAUAGCGUAAUCUUAGUAAUAAUCUUAUCAACCACAACUAAUGCUAUAACAAUAAUAAAUGUACAUUAAUCCAGAAAGAGAAUUGAAAUUACAAUUAAGAGCUCAAUAAAAAAAGUUAAAGAAGAAACUUCAUUCUAAUUAUAAGGCGAUUAUGGAGAUAGACUUUGAUAAUUUUUGGGCUAUGCAUAUUAUUUUGAAAAAGAAAUUUAUCAAGCAUUCUGACAAAUAUUGUAAUUUAUAAAUAUAAAUAGUUUUAUAAAGGGGUGGAUUUUACAUUUGGAGUUAAUUAAAGUUAUUUAAUUAAUUUAUUAGAUAAACUAUAAAUAACUACCAAUUGAAAAGAAUAGAAUGCAUUUAAGCAGAUAAAUUGGCAAAUGAGUAAAUUUAAGUGAUACAUCGAGUUUAUAAUACUACUUGUUAAUCACCACGUAAACUGCCAUAAUUACAAAAUGCAUAAUUAAAAUCAUAAAGCCCAUAAAUCAUAAAACAAAAUAAGUUUGUCUCAAAUUUAUCGUUUUUGCCAUAGCUAUAAUUUAGAAAUUAGCAACAAUAAUAAGCUUAUUCGUAAGUUUCUUAUAAACCCAUAUCAUUUUAUGAUCCAAAUAAAGAUUUGACAAUAUCAGCUUAGAGGUCCAAUAAAUCAUUAAAUUUAUCAUAAGAUUUGAUUCGCCACAAAAAAUCUGAGCAUAAUUCUGAAAUAAUUCUCUACAAAUGA